AUGGAAAACGAUACACUUGCAAACAACAUUGUGCAACAGAUAAUGAAUGAAAAAGGAAUUAUACCAGAAUGGAGUAGAUAUACAUUGAUAGGUUUCAUUGCUCUGGUAGCAUUUACUGGAAUCCCGGGAAAUGCCGCUGUUAUUACAGUUUUAUCAAAGCUUCAUGACAAAAUUAGCACGGAUAUCUACAUACUUGCAAUGGCCUCUAUGGAUUUGAUAGCUUCGUCAAUAAGUACUUCAUUUCAUAUUCUACGUUACGAGCCAACAGCCUGGAAAGCUUUGGCUUCCAGCACGUUCUGUCGUCUGCAUAGUUUCACAAAAUACUUAACAAAUAUCUCUGCAACUUCUCUCUUGGCGGCAACUGCUUUUGAUCGGCACAUGAGAACCAGUACCGGGAAUACUUUGACCAAACGUCUACCUGAGACAACAAAAGCAAAACGAGUUUUCGCACUUGUUGGGAUUUCCAGUUUUGUCUACAGCCUGUUCUUUCUUCUAACCACAACGCUGGAUUCGACCACGCUCAACUGUCGUAUGGAGGAGUAUGACGCAAUGAUACAAAUUUUCAGGUCAGUUUUGGUACUAUUUUGUGUACUUACGUUUGUUGUUAUUAUCGUCUGCUACGCACGAAUCGCGAUGAUGCAACGGCGACAUCUUAGAAGAGUGCAUGAAAUACGAAUGAAUACCAGGCCCAUGAAUACAAGACGACCAACAUGGCCUUUAAGGCUAGGAAAUCAACCACUUAGAGAAAACAAACAUAGGCGACGAAAUUUGACAGAAAUUCCGACUAUUGGAAGACAAUUCACCACAGAUGCCACACACACAAACAUGCUUCAACGGUUUAAUAGACAAAACAAUGUCACAGCUGAGCAAGUUGAAAUCAAAAAAGAAAGUAAAGGCAAAAAACUGAGAGAAGACCAGGCAGUCUGUAUCAGAACUGAAAAUCAUGAUAUAACUCAGCCUUCCGGGUCGAGAAAGGAAACUUUCAGAAGACGUGAAACGAUGCCGUCAGUGAAGAUCAAUUGUAUCAAGAUGUUACCAACAAACAUAGCCAUAGACCGGAAACGGAAAUUGAUGAAUUGUACCUCUUUGAUGAUGUUUCUUAUUUCUUUGGUGAACAUCAGUACAUGGAGUAUCACCUGGUCUACACCUGCUUACUGGGCAUCAACAGAUUCACCAUCGCACGGACUCUUGCUUCUGAUUGAAAAAUUGUAUAUGAUCAACUGCAUGAUCAAACCGAUAUUGUACAUGCUUUUGAGCUCCGAAUUUAGGCAAAAGGCAAGGGACAUAUUUAACAAAGUGUAA